AUGUGUAUGGUUAUAUUCGCCCCGAUUUUUGCCAUCUGUGCUUUUGCAACAUGUGGAGGAUACUAUGGUCAUCUCCAGGUUAAAGUGGACUGUGCAGACAGGCGGCAGAGUAACCUCAGCAUCAACAUUAAUUUUGGCUAUCCUUUCAGAUUACAAGAAGUGCAUUUCAAGGCUCCCUUGUGUGACGCGAAGAGGGAGGAGGUUAUUUUCCUGGAUGGCGACUUUUCCUCAGCUGCUCAGUUCUUCCUCACUGUGGGUGUUUUCGCUUUCUUGUACUCUCUGCUGGCAACCAUCGUCUAUGUCUUCUACCAGAACAAAUACCUGAAGAACAACAGAGGCCCGCUCGUGGAUUUUCUUGUCACCAUCAUCUUCUCCUUCAUGUGGCUGGUCAGCAGUUGUUGUUGGGCCAAAGCUCUCUCUGAUAUCAAGGCGGCCACAAACCCAACGCAGGUGCUUCUGCUAAUCUCCGCCUGCAGAGCUCAGGAGAACAAGUGCACAGUCACCCAGGAGCCUCUCUGGUCGCGCCUGAAUACAUCUGCGGUUUUCGGUUUUGUAAAUGUCGUCCUCUGGGUUGGAAACAUCUGGUUUGUCUUCAAAGAGACAGGCUGGUACAAGACAGGUCAGAGAUAUCCGACAAGGAGUGCUUCUGGGAAACGUGCCAGUGAAAUGCGACAGCGGCUCUACAGCGAGAGCAGCUUCGACCAGCCGGAGGAGAGUUUUGGUCCGCAGCCCUCCAGACAGGACAGUUACAGUCAGUCGAAAGGGGAUUUUGGUCAGCAGGUCCACAAGCAAAGUAGCUUCAACCAGUCGCAAGUAGGCUUGAGCUUACCACAUGCGUAUCUCGGCAAACCGGUCAUUUACGACAGGGAGAAUAAAGUGGCUUCUCAAGGGCCAAUGAUAUUUGUCAAUGAGAUGUGA